AUGCCUCCCGUCGCUUCCCUCACCUCCUCUCAUCGCAGCGCUGGCCGCAGCAAGACCGCAACCAUGUCCACCUCGACACCCGCCGAUCUGACACUGUCAACUCGAAACCUGCGCCCCACCUCCGGUCUAUCUCAGAGAAAUGGCGACCGCUCCGCCGGGGCCUGCUCGCCUUCGCCUGUAUCUCCCGUGGCAGCCUCCUUCCGCUCGGGUUCGAGAUCAAAUCUUGCGCAUGAUAUGGUCCGGAGCACAUCGACUUCUACCAAGACUUCAAGCAACAAGUUACACAAGCGAGGCACAGCCUCGACGCCCUCAUUGCCCGCCUCUUCGCCUCCGUUCGCGAAUGGCGCUCGCUCGCAAUUCACCACUCCCUUCGCUACAUACGAAGAGCCCUUCCCAGAUGUCGAUCCCCUACCCGCACCCAACUCGAGCGUUCCCAAAAUCAAGCCUUACCUGCGAAAGAUGUCUACAACGAAAGAAGACCAAGGCACGAUCGAUCUGUCCAAGAGCAUGAACGAGAAUGAUCGCGUGGCAGGGCUGGGCAUACAAGACUUUGGAACCAAGAGUGCCGCGGAUGUGAGCUUUGCACAUAGCAGAAGAGGACGGCACGGCAGGUCUAUUAGUGGCGAGUCCCAGGGCAGUGCGGGCAGUGGCAGCUUCAAGCCGGGCCAACCGUUCACACAUCCAAUGGCCAAGACGCCAAGACCUUACACGCCUCCGGCUGGCCGUAGUUACGCAAGCUCACUGAAUGACGAGGAGGCAAAUGAGAGCGAUGAUAUAGUGGAGGAUGAGUUCAGGUGGGCUGCUGGAUACAGCAAGAGACGAAGCAUGUCCAUCUCGUCCAACAACCCAACGCCGCUGUCACAGACCCUCAACGCCAGUGAACUAGGUCUAAUCCCCAAGCUCACCAACGCAUCCCAGUCCAACCUCUCCACGGUUAGCUAUCAUUCCGACAAGUCAUCGGGCCCAAAGAAGGGACGAUCACGACGCAACACCGAACUUUCUCAAGACCACGUCUCUUCGCCGACUUCAAGAACAUCGUUAGACAAAGCAUUCUCCCUCGUGGGUCGUCGCUCUGAAGCUGCUGAGCCACAGAGCAGAAACGAGAUGAUCGCUGUAGCGAGGAAGAAGUUCGAAGAGAAAGAGGCCAACAAGGAUCUCAAGUACGAGAGCAAGCGACGUCAAUCGGAAUCGAAAGAGCAUGAACGACAACGCAAGAAGUCGGAGACGCCAACAGCGAAGUCUGCCCUGACACACGCACAGCCCGAUCGGGUUGCGGAGAAGGAGAAGCGACGUCGCAAAUCUUCUGCCGCUGCCGCACUUGCGGGUGCUGAGAGGGAUGAGAGAGCUCAGCCUAAGAGCAAGAAGAGCAAACAGCAGCCCAGUCGAGACGAAUUCCGAGCAAUGUCCUACGACGACUAUAGACCAGCGAAUGCUGCGAGUCUGCCACGAUACGGCACCGACCCCGGCUGUGGUCAGUCUGCUUUGAGCGAGAAGACGCCUAGGGCAGAAUACGAACUUCAACCGAUGAUCCCUGAGAAGAAAGACGACGGGAGCUGGAUGCGCUUCUCGACGUGGGUGCAGACGAGAAUGUUGAGUUGUGGUGGAAGGGAUUGA